AUGCCUUCGAAUAGAGCCGCAUAUCUAACGUCCGCGAAAUCAACUCCUCUCCAGGUCAAGUCCACCCCCUACACAAAGCCAGGCGCUCUGGAGAUCGUGAUCCAGAGUCACGCCGCGGCAAUCAACCCGCUUGAUCACAUCAAGCAGAGCAUGGGCGACCUGCUCUUCAACUGGGUAAAAUACCCAGCUAUCCUGGGAAGCGACGUGGUGGGCGAAGUGGUUGAGGUCGAAAAGGACGUCGCGUGGUUCAAGGCCGGAGAUCGUAAAUACACCGUCCUUCUGACGCACAUGGUGUCACAUAUUCCAGACACAAUCCCUGAUGUGGAUGCGGCCGUGACUCCGCUCAGGCUCUCCACUGCAGCGUGUGGGCUGUUCCAGACGGACCAGCUCGCCAUCCAACUUCCCUCGGUGCCGGCCGCAAAACCCACGGGCAAGACUCUGCUUCUCGCCAUCGCGGCCGGAUACGAGGUCAUCACCACUGCCUCACCGCGGACCUUUGAGCUCGUCAAGCGUCUCGGUGCAAUGAAAGUGUUCGACUACAGGAGCCCAACGGUGGCAGAGGACAUCAAGAAGGCGUUCAAAGGGAGAAUUGCAGCUGGGGCGCUGUCAAUCGGCCAAGGCGCGGCGGAAAAAUGCCUGGACAUUCUCGCCACUUGCAAAGGGAACAAGUUCCUCUCCAUGGCCAGCUACCCCUUUCCCCAGACGCCUCCUGAGCGCUUCAUCGUGCCCCAGAUCACCUUCCACUAUAUCACGUCACUGAUAUUUCUGUGGAUCAAGGCCACAAGGCACGGCAUCCGGAGCAAGUGCAUCUUCGGCGAUACGUUGGUUGACAAUGAAAUCGGGCCUGCAAUGUACGAGUACUUUCUCCCCGAAGUUUUGGCCAAAGAGUCGUUUGUUGCAGCACCGAAUUGUGAUGUCGUAGGUCACGGGCUGGAGAGCAUAGAGCAUGCUAUGGACCUACACAAGAAGGGUGCCAGUGCGGAGAAGAUUGUGGUGACAUUCUGA